AUGUUGAAGGAAGACAUAGCCCAUAUGAAAUAUAGUGGGAGCAAUAUAAAUGAUUUAAAAGUAAACAAAUGGGUGGCAUUGUCUUUAUAUUCCCUGGUUGCAUCAGUUGCUACAUUUGUACAUGCAGGAUUUAGUGGGUGGCAACCAAUCAUAUAUAAAACUGGAGCUUUUAGUGAGUUAUGUGGUCCUAAUGAUGAUGUUCAAACAUUUCGUGUAGAUGAUAAGAUUUCAUAUACAACAUGUGGAAACAGAGAUGCAGCUGUAAAUAAUUUAUUUACCCUAUCAUUCUUUGUUCAUUUUUUUUUAUCAUCUGUUAGUGGUUAUGUAUUAGAUACUUUUGGAGAAAAAGUAUGUUUCUUGUGUGGACAGAUAAUAUUAACAAUAGCCUUUUUGAUUUUAACCAUUUUAAAAUUUUCCUAUGUUUGGUACUUAUUUUUUCUAUUAUUGGGUGUAUCAGCAGAUUUAUCUUUUAUUCCUCUUUUAAAAAUAUCGAAAUAUUUCCCAGGUCAAGAAUCGCUAAUUUUUGGUAUUUUGGGUUCAGCGAGAUCUACUGGUUUUGCUAUUGGUUUACUUUUAAAGAUUGGCUUUUUUUAUACAUUUAAUUUUAAAGAAGAUGAAUUUUAUAUAUUAUGCAUUUUUUAUAUGUGUACAUGUAUUUUAUAUUCAUUUCUUGUGGGUAUAUUUAUUGUUCCAAGUAAAAGCGGUAAUAUGUUAUCACCUAUAAAUAGUGAAGGGGGCACCGGAUCAUCUAGUACUGAUAAAAAACAUAACCUAGCUAUCAUAAAUGAAAUGGAUAAUAUAGAAAGUGGAAAGAAGAAACAUCAUAAUAAGAAGAAUAAGAAUAAUAAAAAUAAGAAUAAUAACAGUAACAGUAAGAAUAACAACAAGAAUAACAACAAUAAUAACAAUAACAGUAACAAUGAUAAGACCUCCUUUUGGGAAAAUAUUAAAACAUUAUGGAGUCAUCCGCAAAAAUGGGAAUACCUUAUUACAGUUUUUAUAUGCAGUUCCAGUAUGAUCAGAUUUGAUUAUUUUAUAAAAACAAAUAGAUCUUUUUUUGUAGGGAAUAAUUAUGACUAUACAACUUUAUUUUCCUUAUCUACAGUUUUAUCAUUUAUACCUACGCCCUUUUUUGGAUAUCUAGCUGGAAAGUUGGGAUCCAUAUAUAGUAUAAUAGUAAAUAAUAUAUUUAUACUAUUAACAUAUAUUUUUAUACUAUUUGAUAGCGUAUUUUUCAGAAUGUUAGCCAUGUUUACCUUUUUCCUUUUUAUUUCUUUCGCCUUCUCAUGCUUUUAUUGCUAUGUGGAUGAAAAAUAUUCAAAGGAACAUUUUGGAAAAUUGUGUGGAAUUAUGUUUGCAUUUAGUGCACUUUGUUUAAUUCUCAAUUUCUACCUGACCUAUUUAACAAAUGUGGUCUAUGAGAACUUAGGAGAAAAGAAAUAUUUCCCAGUAGCAUAUGGAAUGAAUGCUCUUGGUGUUGUUACCUUACUUGGUUGUUUAUAUUUAAAAGUUACAGAAAAGUAA